GCUAGAGAACCUCGCUUGUUGUGGUGGCUAACGACGAGAAGCAUGCUACGGUUCUCAAUUUAGUGAUAUUCGCCCGAUAGUAGGCGAAAUCUGCAGAAAUGGGGAAAAGAGACAAUAGAGUGGUAAGCAAUGUGUUAAAUAAUUCCAGCCAUGUAGAUAUUCAGCUUUUUACGGUAAAUGUUAUGCAUGAAAAAAAAAAUGUUGGCUAUAGCUAGCUAACUGGCACUGAAAACGCAUGGGCCUGUAGGUAUGUUAGGUAGGCCCUAUAAGUUAGCGUUAGUGUGCAGGACAAGUCGAAUUCCAUUAAAACAAGCUAUAUCAAAGGUUCACAAAUUUGAGUUAUUUUAACAUACGAUAUCUAUAUCGAAUGAAUAUAGCUAGCUAGGCAAACUAACCUGGCAGAUAACGAAGAACACGUAAACGUUAGCAGGUCGCCUGAAGGACCGCUAACCGUGCCACAACUGAACUAACGUAGCUAUCUAUUUAGGUCGAAAUUAUAGUUAUGUUAUAUUUCGCUAGUUUAUAAUAAUAUAGCGAACUAGCUAGCACAACCUGUGUCUAUUAAAAUAACAUAAUCCAAAACGCGCGGGAGAAAAAAAAAAAAAAACGAACCAUUUUGUAUUUAUUUUUAAAUUUUUAGCAGACGCUCUUAUCCAGAGCGACUUACAUGAGCAAUUAGGGUUAAGUGCCUUGCUCAAGGUCACAUCGACAGAUUUUUCACCUAGUCAGCUCUGGGAUUAGAACCAGCGACCUUUCGGUUACUGGUACAACGCUCUUAACCUCUAAGCUACCUGCCGAACUAGUUAGCUAACGCCUGCCAACUAGGCUCGAGUUCAUCAUUACCAGAAUUGCCCGGACUGGCUAUGUACGCUGUAUCUAUGUUAUCAAUGUGUAAACAUUACCUUUGUAUGGAAAGGCCAUAGAAUUGGCAUUGACUGUCUAGUCAAUUACUGAACCAACAUAGCCAGGUCCAAAUAUUGUGUGUUAUUAUGCUUCCAAUUCCUGUCUAGACAAGUGUUAUUGUCUAAGGUAGCUAGAUGUCAUCAUUGAGGUGUCUGGUCUGACUGUCUCCCUUGUGUGUUUUCAGUCGUAUGUGAACCCCAUAGCUGCAUCACGGGCCAAGGGACCCGCACCCAACGCAGGACCGUCUAUCCAGGAUUACCUGAGCAGACCACGUCCAACAUGGUAAGCAUAAGAUAACACACCUAAGGACCCAGGAUUUGUGCCUGAAAAGCUCUCUAGAGAUGGACAUACCCUCAUUGAUAUUGCUGAAGAAUGUCAACGGGUAACAUGGUGGAUCCUAUGUGUGUAAAUCGGGGUGGUAAGGCAUUGCUCUCUUAUAAUACUUGGCUACACACUAUGGAAUGCUGCCUGCAAGUCACAAGAACAUUUUGCCAUGCCCUUGAAUGUUUGGACAUGCAUCACCAUCAGUUGUGAUCCAUUGAUUUUCAUUGAGUGAUGGUCGUUUUUCUUCCUUCAUCAGGGAAGAGGUGAAGGAGAUCAUAGAGAGGAAGAAGAAAGGCUCCAGAGCCCUGGCGGACUUUGAGGAUCAAAUGAACGAGGUAUUGUUCAAAUGUCAACAGUUGUACUUUAUUAUACUGUACAAAUUCAGUGUUAUAUUUUGCUUACAUUAAAAUAUCACAAUUUGCAUUUUAUAGAAUUGGAAGAAAGAGCUGGCGAAGAACAGAGAGAAGUUACUAGGUGGCGUUGACAAGGAGAAAGAGGAGAAGGAAAAGAAAGAGAAGGAGAAGAAAGAGAAGGAGAAGAAGGAGAAGAAGGAGAAGAAAGAGGUAUGCUUCCAGUUCCAUCCAUGUCUUAACCUUUUAAUGCAGCCAUUUUGUUUUAACGUAUCCACCUCUCACUCCAAAUCUCUGUUUUGUGUUUAGAAAAAGAAGAAGGAGAAGGAAAGGAAAGAAAGGGGAAAGAAAUCCAAUAGGGUGAGGAAAGCUGUCUCCAAUGUUUUGUUGAAGACUGUUGGUGUACAUAUUGCGGUAGUGGUAUCUGUCCUCUAAAAAAGGCAUCUUUUCACAAAGGUAUUUUUGUGUCAGUUGCGGUCUUCAAAUCUAAUGAGCUCUGCUUUCAUUGUGUUUGGUCAAGCAUUCCUCUCCCUCCUCCUCCUCAUCGAGUUCUGAUUCCUCUAGCAGCUCCUCCUCAGACUCUGAAGACGAGGUAUGUAGCAGAGUAUUUGGUGACAAGUCUGUGUCAGCUUGCCAUACUGUUUCCCAGCCACCCUGUGGGCACCAUAGAAAUAUAAUUAAUUAGAAGUAAUUCUAUUUCUAAGGUAGGCACAAAGAGCUGUGUGAAGUAUUGUGAAUUACAUUUUUACUGUCCAUAUUUUAUUUGGGGAUUGGCUUCUACCCCCUUUAUGAAUAUUGAGAAAGUGAUGGAUCGUAUUCAAUGCGUUUCCAGUUAAAUAUUGUCCUACUAUUUCAAAGAGGGAAAUAUGAUAGACUGAAACUGAUUGUGUUUUUAUCUGAUGUCUGUUUGGUCAGAAUGAAAAGAAGAGUGUCAAAAAGAAACGGAAAAAGAAGCGGUCCUCCUUCAAGAAGGCAUCGGAAGACUCGACUGUAGAAUCUGAGCCCGACAGCAAGGUUAGUUUGAUGUGAAGAGUAUUCCACCUAUUUUCAUAAAUUAAAAUGACUUAUUUCAUUAUGUAAGACGUCCAUCUGGAUACUUCUGGUCAAGAUCUUAUGUUCUGGAUGAUGCACUAUUUCGUCUUCUUAAUAUCACUCUUUUUAUGUUGGCCCUCACUGUCAUUGUGUUUCUCUGUUCAGCCAUUGUUUGAUUUCUGUUCAUUCAUUUCAAAGUUGAACUUUUUUUGUUUGUUACAUGAGUACUUCAUUAAAUCUUCAUGUUUUGUAUGCAAAAAAGGGCUCCUUCCCUCUCAUUCUGUUUCUCUCCAAGAAGACGAAGAUGGAGAUGGAGAUGAAGAAGAAGAAAGAUGAGGAGAAAGAGAAGGUACUUUAACAACAUUCGUGUAUCUGUUAGUCCUGUUUUGUGUAUUGCUGCCUGAAAGAGUGUUUGAACAUGCUGGGCUGCAGUGAACUGAGGGCUGUAAAUGUUUACCCUUCAGGAUGAAAAGAGCCGCAGGAAGAAGAGGAAAGCCGAGCGAAGUCAUAAAGACUCAUCCUCGGAGUCGUCGGCUGACUCAGAAGUGGAGGAGGGUGUAAGUAUAUUCACCUUUCUCUCCACUAUAUUAAUUUGCCAUGUUUAAUGACUGAAAAUAAUGUGUUAUGUAUUGACUUGGAUGACUGCUUAUGGGAUGGAUAUUUGUUCCUCAUUGGAGGGCAUUGGUCAUCCGUAGUUGAAGUAUUACAUUAAAAAAAAAAUUUUUUUAGUCAUUUAGCAGACGCUCUUAUCCAGAGCAACUUACAGUUAGCACAUACAUUAUUUUAUCGAACCCACAACCCUGGCGUUGCAAACGCCAUGCUCUACCAACUGUGUCAUUGUGAAAUACUGAACUUUUGUAUUGGACGUUGGGAAGCUGUCAGCGGACUUUGCCCAUCCGUUGUGGUGUGUUAAUGUUUGCUAUGUCUCUGUAGGGUGAACCCAAGAAGAGAAAGAGAACUAAUGAGGAGAAAGACAAAAUAGCAGCA